AUCGUGCUGCACCGCAAGCAGGAAGUCCUGGACUGCGAGUGUGACAUGGCCUCUGUGCACCACCUCCUGUCCCAGAUCCCGCAGGACCUUCCUUACGAGACUCUGAUCAGCAGAGCUGGUGACCUUUUUGUCCAGUUCCCCCCAUCCGAACUGGCCAGGGAGGCAGCUCAGCAGCAGGCUGAACGAACCGCGGCUUCCACUUUCAAGGACUUUGAGUUGGCGUCGGUGCAGCAGAGACCGGACACUGUGCUGAGGCAGCGCUUCAGGGAGCGGCACCGAGGGGAGGAGCGGACAAAAUCCGUCUUGACAAAGCCAAGGACCAACCGCUUUGUCAAGCUGGCGGUGAUGGGGCUGACGGUGGCGCUGGGGGCGGCCGCCCUGGCCGUGGUGAAGAGCGCGAACUGCAGAUUUUCCCCUGAAGCCGGAGCCUCCCCUUGGCGCCUGGUGUCAGAUGAAAGGACCUGUCCGCAAACAACCCGGCUGAAGAGCAUUUGUUAUCCUUGCUGCGUCCUCUGA